ACAGCGACUUCCCGACCACAACUACCAUCGCCUCCCACCUCCUUACCACCACUAUCCCCACUACGACAACCACCACUACCACCACCACUACCACUAGCAUCUCUGCGACUCUGGACAUCAUCACGGACACACACAACAGCAGUGAGGAGAGUAACGCUACGAUGAGGAUGACGGAAGAGAGUAAUUCUAUAAUGGAUGAUGAGGAUGAUGCAGCCCUGACCAGCGCCCCACGUCACGAACCCCCGCCAGUCAACGCUUCAGUGAGUUACGUGGACGAGGAGACAGCGGCCACGACAGACAUCCACCCACAGACAACACCAGAGGGACACAGCACCACCCCGACGGCUGUAUCAUCCUCCCAAAGGGCACCCACGCCCUCUCCACGCCAACCCACGCCUACAACGACUCCCACGAACGCCCCCACGCCCACCACGCUGCCAUACUGGAUCAUACACAACCGCAUGCCGCCCUUUGACCACCAUGCCACCGUGCACCCCCCAGCGGCCCCACGGGGUAGCGCAAAGCCUCGCCUGGGGGUGGCACUGCACGGUGAGACGGUCCGGGAGAAGGCGACCCUCAAGGCACACAAGCCACGCAGAAUAAAUCGUAAUAAAGUCACAGAGAAGAAGCGCCACGCAUCAAGACCCUCCGCGCGGCCCUCCAGCAUCCUGGAGCACACCAAGGACCUCUGGGUGUUCCGCGGCGCUAGCAACCACGGCCUGAGUCCCGGCCAGCCGCUAACUCUCGGUCGUCUCAGCCGCGGCCACGUCAACGACUGGGCGGUGGUGGGCGCGGGCGUUGUGGCCUCUUCAGUGGGCGUGGCCUUGCUGGUGUGUGGGUCUCUCCUUGCCCGAGGGCGUAGCAAAACCAGGCCCAUGUGGGAGGCGUCCUCGUACUGGCGUGAGGGAGCGGACGAGGACGUGGUGAUGGCGGUGGGCGGCAGCAGCGAGGAGGACGAGGGGACGCUUACGGAUUCCGAGGGGACCGUGGGCGUGGUGACGGACACCCACCGCGGCCUCAACAACCGCCUCUACCUCCUGCUGCAGAGGGACACGGCCACCGGUAUCACCCCAGACACGCUGCCAGUCCCCCGCUCACCCUCCCCGACUGACCCCACCACGUCUCCCGCCUGGCACUGACCCCCCGGCCCGCCCCUCACCGCCCCGCCCCUCCCACGCCCUUAAGGAGAGGAAGGGAGUCAGUUUCCUGCCUCGGCUCCUCCCUCGCCGCUAACUGGCAUUAAGGAUUCCGCUCGCCUCGACACGGGACUGUACUUUGGGAGCCCGCCGCGCCGACCCUCACCUGGACUUAUUUCUCUCUCCCCUUUCCUUCCCCUCUCCCUCUCUCUCCCUGUCCGCCGCGGGGUGCCACGCGGACGCAGCAACAAGGCAGCAGCAUCACCGUGCGUGCGUGUGUGUGUGCGUGCGCCGGGACACCAGUGAUUCAUAGUAUUAAAGCGUUUAUGUUUAUGUUAGUCAGAUGUCUUGGUGCCAUUAAUCGUUUUGGGGUCUCGAGGCUCAAAGUGAUGAAGACGAAGCAGCUCGGGAUAAAAGAUAAAACCCAACCCUAAGCCUCCCACGCCUCUCAUACAGUAAAAGGGACUCCAUAAGCUCAUCCAAGACGCUAAACAUAGGCCUUGUACAGAGCCUUGCCCAUGUGUUAGAGGGAAGAAAGAGCAGAAAGAAAUAUAGAAAGAAAGAUAAAACCCAACCCUAAGCCUCCCACGCCUCUCAUACAGUAAAAGGGACACCGUAAGCUCACGCAAGAGUCCUGUAAAAGUAAAACAGUAAAUAUAAACCAUUCCGAGAGCCUUGUCGAUGUGUUAGCGGGAAGAAAGAGAAAAAAGAAAGAAAGAAAAACCCCAAUCCUACGCCUCCAACGAUCCCCAUGACACUAAAUGAGACUCCGUAAGCUCAUCCAAUAAUCUAGUAAGCAUAAGCCUUGCCGAUAGCCUUGCCUAUGUUGGUCACUGCCCCGCCCUCUCUUCCUGGCGAUGGUCCGUCUCUCCGAGGUGUUGCCGCGAGGGAAUAAGACAGUGCGUGGCCGUUAGCGGUGUUAAUGAAGAGUGACGUGAGGGAGCUAGGGUGUGGGUGUGUGGGUGUGUGCCUACGUAGCUAGCUGGUCCUGUUAGGCCUGGUCGCUGCUAGGGAUGUGAUGGAGUGGGGAAAAGAGCAAAGAGUGAAAAAUUAUGAAAGAAUGAGAAAGGAAGAGUAAAGAAUAAGAAAUAAGGAAAAAUAAGAAAGAGUAAAGAGUAAAACAUAAAUAGAAUUAGUGUGACGGAGUGGGGAAAAGAUUAAAGAGUGAGAAAUUAUGAGAGAGAUGAGAAAGGUGGAGUAAAGAAUAAGAAAUAAGGAAAAAUAAGAAAGGGUAAAGAGUAAAACAAAAGUAGAAUAAGUGUGAUGGAGUGGGGAAAAGAUUAAAGAGUGAGAAGUUAUGAGAGAAUGAGAAAGGAGGAGUAAAGAAUAAGAAAUAAGGAAAAAUAGGAAGGAGUAAAGAACAAAACAAAACUAAGAAAAGUGUAAGGAGUUAGACAAGUAAGAAAGAAUUAGACCAAAAAGUAUAGAGUGAACGAGGAGGAUUAUUCCCCUGUGCCAAUUUGUACGCAGUAGGGAAUGUGUGUAAAACUAGGGUGAGGGUUACUUGUGCCAAUUUGUACGCGGUAAGGAAGGUAUUAAUAGGAUGGUCAGUAUUAUGUGUGCCAAUUUGUACGCGAUGAGAAGGGUAUAGGAUCAGUAUUACGAGUGCCAAUUUGUACGCUAAGAAUGGUGCAGAAAGAGGGUCAGCAUAACUUGUACCAAUAUGUACGCAGUAUAUGAAUAUAAUGUAUGUUUAACAAGGGUGAGGAUAACGUGUGCCAAUUUUUACGCAAUAAGGAAGGUAUAUGAUCAGUAUUACGUGUGCCAAUUUGUACGCGGUAAGAAAAAUGUUAAACAAGGAUGAGUAUUUUGUGUGCCAAUUUGUACGCGAUAAGGAAGGUAUAGGAUCAGUAUUGUGUGUGCCAAUUUGUACGCGAUAAGGAAGGUAUAGGAUCAGUAUUGUGUGUGCCAAUUUGUACGCGAUAAGGAAGGUAUAGGAUCAGUAUUGUGUGCGCCAAUUUGUACGCGAUAAGGAAGGUAUAGGAUCAGUAUUGUGUGUGCCAAUUUGUACGCGAUAAGGAAGAUAUAGGAUCAGUAUUGUGUGUGCCAAUUUGUACGCGAUAAGGAAGGUAUAGGAUCAGUAUUGUGUGCGCCAAUUUGUACGCGAUAGAAAGAAAUAGAGAACGAGGGCGAUGUCUACCCCGAGCGAAACUCUCCAGCAGAACACAAGGAGGCAAUUUACCUGUCAAUUUACCUGCAGCGCUAAGUGUCAGGUGAAGCCAACAGGUGUGAGAUGCUCGAUAUGAGAUAGCCGCCGCCAAGCAGUUCUAUGGGAAGAUGCCUACCGGCGCAAUAGGCAACAACG